AUGUUCAUGGCUUUCAAUAGUACCCUUGUUACUCUUAUACCUAAGAAAUAUGAUGCAAGAUACCUUAAAUAUUAUAGACCCAUUGCUUGUUGUACCAUGGUUUACAAAGUUUAUUCUAAAGUUUUGACAACAAGGCUUGCUAAAGUCAUUGGUAUUAUUGUCAAUCAUAACCAAGCAGCCUUCAUUCCUGGCCAACAGCUACAUAACCAUAUCCUGCUGGCUUAUGAGCUCAUUAAAGGCUACUCUAGGAAGAAUGGAACUCCCAGAUGUCUUAUGCAACUUGACGUGCAAAAAGCUUAUGAUAUGCUUAAUUGGAAAGCUCUAGAAACAAUCCUCUUGGAGGUUGGAAUUCCUGAGAAAUUUGUGAAAUGGAUCAUGAAUGGUGUCACCACUGUUUCUUACAGAUACAACAUCAAUGGUGAAAACUCCAGAUUAAUGAAAUCUAGAAGAAGAAUCAGACAGGGUGACCCCAUCUCCCCCUUUCUGUUUGUUAUUGUCAUGGAGUAUAUGAGUAGAUUACUCUAUAAAAUGCAAAGAAGCCCCACAUUUAACCACUACUCCAAGUGUGAAAAGAUGGAGCUCACUCAUCUAACCUUUAUUGAUGAUAUUCUUUUGUUCUGUAGAGGUGACAAGGGGUAUGUGGAGUUAGUGAAUCAUACUAUGCAGCAGUUCUCCAACUCUACUGGUUUGGUGGUUAAUCCAUCCAAAUGUAAUGUGUAUCUUAGAGCAGUUGAUGAGGUUGAAAAGCACCACAUCCUCAAGAUGACUAGGUAUAAUGAGGGAAACUCCCUUUCAAGUAUCUUGGAGUCCCUCUAA